AUGUAUUCCAAGCUCUUCGUUCUAGCCGGGAUUAUUUCAGUUGGAUUAGCUGAAAUUGGCCAUCAUAUCCAUCACUACUAUCCACAACCUUAUGCAUUCGGCUACGAAAUUAAGGAUCCUCAUCAUGGAAGUCAAUGGAGAAAAGAAAACAGCGAUGGCCAUAAAGUUGAAGGCAGCUAUGGAUACGUAGAUGCUUGGGGAAUUAAACGUCAAGUCGAUUACAUAGCUGAUAAACAUGGAUUCAGAGCUAAAGUUAAGACCAAUGAGCCUGGAACAGCUAAUGAACAUCCUGCUCACAUUAUUUUAGUUUUCUUAGCGGUAAAAUCUUCGUUUUCUGUCGAAUAUGGAGAAAAUAGCGCUGAAGUAGCUCAAAACAGGAUUGCACGGCAGCAAGACUAUCUAGCCGAUCCAUAUCACGAAAAACCCCAACCGUAUAAUUUUGGCUACGAAACAAAAGACGAAUUUGGAACAACCGUAACUCGGCAAGAAACCGGUGAUGAAUCUGGAACCAUAAAAGGUACUUAUGGUUACGUAGACCCUUUUGGAGUUUACCGACACGUAGAGUACGAAGCUGAUGAAUACGGAUAUCGAGCGAGGAUAAAAACCAAUGAACCCAGUGCUUCCAAUCAAAAUCCUGCAGACGUAACUUUUCUGGUAGAAGCACCCCCACCACAGGUAGCGAGUGCAGCCGUUCCUCCAAUUUUCGAGGGUCAACAACCCAUUCGAAAACCAGUGAGACCUCCCGUUAUUCCUAGACCUCAGAGGCAGAACACUCCCUCGGGAACCACAAUUACGAGAUUAGUGUAUCCAACACACGCUCAUCCUAUCGUAACUAAAGUUAUUGCUCCAGGAACUCAUCUCGAUGGGCAUCCUUCGGUCACCAAAGUGAUCAUACCAGAUGCUCAUCAUCCUCACGUCUCACAAAUAUUCGAGGGUCGUCAACCUGUAAGGAACACUGUAGUACCGAGACCCCAGAGACAACUUACUCCAUCGAGUACCUCUCAUAACGUAUACCCAUAUUCCCACCCUCUAGUUAAAGUAGUUACAUCUAAUGAACCAUCUUCACCAAGCAAUCCUCCAACCAACGAAUCAAAUUAAAUAAAUUGUUUCCCGAAGAUUUUUGGCGCUCCAAUCCAGUUAAUGUUUAAUAUAUUAUAGUCCUGCUAUAUGUAGUACGGUGUUUGGCACUUCAUGGGAUAAUUAUUAAGCAAUUAUUUAUUGUAUAAUAAUAUUGAUAAAUAAAGUA